AUGGGGAAAUCUUCAAAGGACAAGCGCGAUGCUUACUAUAGGCUUGCAAAAGAGCAAGGCUGGCGCGCUCGAAGUGCCUUCAAGCUACUUCAGCUCGAUGAAGAAUUCAAUCUGUUCGAGGACGUGACCCGGGUGGUGGAUCUCUGCGCAGCACCCGGAAGUUGGUCACAAGUCCUGUCCCGGGUGCUCAUCAAGGGUGAGAAGUUCGGCCGUGCAGCAUGGCAGGACAAGGAGGCCCAGCUGCGGCAGCAAAUGCUGCGCGUCUUUGCCCCGGAGGCAGCAGCAAGCAUUGACGUCAAGCAAACCGGCGACGAGCUCAAGCCGCGCAAGGACGUCAAGAUCGUCUCCAUAGACCUGCAGCCGAUAAGCCCGCUGCCAGGCAUCGUCACUCUCCGCGCCGAUAUCACCCACCCGGCGACCGUCCCUCUGCUCCUGAAAGCACUGGACCCCGAGUACGACGCUAGCAAGAGGAGCCAGCAGGCUUCUCACCCCGUGGAUCUGGUGCUGAGCGACGGCGCGCCCGACGUAACUGGCCUCCACGACCUGGACAUCUACGUCCAGUCGCAGCUGCUCUUCGCAGCCCUCAACCUGGCCCUCUGCGUGCUGAAACCGGGCGGCAAAUUCGUCGCCAAGAUCUUCCGCGGCAGGAACGUCGAUGUGCUGUACGCGCAGCUGAAACUCUUUUUCGAGCGCGUCGUCGUGGCCAAGCCCCGCUCCUCGAGAGCCAGCAGUAUCGAAGCCUUCAUCGUCUGUCUCAACUUCCAGCCCCCGCCAGGCUUCAUAGCAAGUCUGGACGAGCCGCUUGGUGUCGGCCACAAACUACCGCAGAUGAUAAAAGAAAGGACCGAUAGCCUGCCCAUCAUUGCGAAGACGACGAUGCAGAACUCGGCCACCGGCGCUUGGGACGUCGCGCCAGAGGCCAGCUCCCAUGUUCGGUCAGAUGGUGUGGUCGAGGUCGAGAUAGACGACAUGACAGAUGGUGAUGCGAAGGACGUACGGUGGAUCGCGCCCUUCAUUGCAUGCGGUGACCUUUCUGCCUUUGACUCAGACGCGUCAUAUCAAUUGCCGGAAGACCACAUCACACUGGAUCCAGUCCAGCCUCCUACGGCUCCGCCCUACAAACGAGCUAUCGAGAUGAGGAGGGCGGCUGGAGGAGCAUACGGCAAGACAGUGAAGAGCUGA